AUGGUGGACGUAUUGCCGUUUGUGGAAGAUACAACUCCGUCGGCAGAUGUUGUUGUUAAAGGGAAAGCCCCUAAGUUGUCGCCCUCCGUUGAGCCUCAGCCUCAACCUCAAGACAAUGAGGACCAAGCAAAGCCCAAAGAAGAACCUACAAAUAAUAAUAAAAGAGAACUCCAUACCAUAGAUACGCUUUCGUUUGAUCAGAUCAAUGAUGAUGCCGAUGAGUUGAUUGAACUUAGAGGAGAAGGUCGUUAUUUUGGUGUGACUGACCCAACUCUGGGUAGAACGGUCAAUACCCUUCAGAGUCUUGGGCCAUUAUGUGCCAACUGUCAUAAAAGAGGCCACAUUCGAGCUAAAUGUAAGACAGUUGUUUGUCAUAAAUGUGGAGUAGUUGGUGAUCAUUAUGAGACUCAAUGUCCUACUACUAUGAUUUGUUCUCGAUGUGGACAAAAGGGUCAUGGGUUUAGUUCAUGUACCAAUAAGAUGAAAAAGAGACAAUAUUGUCGUACCUGUGAUACUUUUAACCAUGGAGAAGAUCAUUGUCCUACUAUAUGGAGAUCAUAUGUGACUAAUCCAGCCAAUCAAACCUCCGUUAAGCUUCCAAACAUUUAUUGUUACAAUUGUGGAGCAAGUAAUCAUUAUGGUGAUGAUUGUAGAGAGUUCCGAACAUCUCGAGUACCAAAUAGUAAUGGGAGUGCAUUUGGAGGCGAUAAUUUACCUCGAACAUUACGUCAAUACUAUUAUGAUCUUCUUCGAGGGAAAAGUUCCAAUAAAAGUAAGAGACAACAACAGAGUAUACCCCCAAAAAGAUCAGGUAUCUUACCUCGGAAUAAUGAAUCUAAAAGGGGAACCGGAGCCGGAGCCGGAACAGGAGCAGGAGCUUCGUUGGCUAGUAGAAUCCAAGCAUUACCUGUGAGAUCAGGAUAUAUACCCAAAAGACCUGAGAGCAAGCAGCUGAAGAAAUAUGCUAAUAAUAACAAUAAUAAUAAAGGUAACUAUAAUUAUAAUGGGGGUGCUAUACCUACUCGAUCGGGGUUCAUUGAUAACAGAAGGAGCAUUCAAGGAAAAGACAAAAGGAAUUAUGUCCAAGAUAAACGAAUGCAAUAUUGA